AUGGUUUCUUUCGAGGUCGCAGUGAUAUUCGGCAUGUUGCUGGUGAUUUCAUUUGCACAGCAUCACCAAGAACUGCCUCAAUAUGCUGCAGUGCCAUUGGAAUAUCAUCACGGAGAAGUGGAAGUCGAGGAACAUCAUCACGCCCACCCCAAAUACGAGUUCAAGUACGGUGUGAAGGACACACAUACUCACGACAUCAAGGAGCAGGCUGAGAAACGUGACGGCCAUAAGGUCGAAGGUUACUACAAGCUGCUGGAGGCAGAUGGCACCACUCGUACAGUACACUACACCGCUGACAAACACACCGGGUUCCACGCGCAGGUGGUGAGGUCCGGACACGCCAUUCACCCUAUUCACCAGCACCAUUAG